AUGGACCUGUCCGGGGCGAAUGCCAUUUCCUACGCGCCAGCUGCCAACUGCGAAGAUGAAGUGAAGCCCAUCAAGGCAGUGCAUGGCAGCGGCUUCGCGAGGAUGGAGCUUCCCUGGGAGAAGCGCAGCCAUGCCGGCUUUAAGGUGCCGGUCGAGGUGCGUUCCUCAAGAAUCCCUGGUGCUGGCCUGGGCCGUUUCGUGACCGUGCCAGUGAAGGCAGGAACCGUGCUCCGUUCGGAUACCUUGAUCAACUUCAGAGAGUAUCUUCAAGGCCCCAAAGGCGAGAGGGCGGCCAUCCAUCUCCAGAGUGCGGAGGAGAUUGAGGCCUUGGCAGAGUACUUCUCCAUCGGGAAUGUUUCGACGGAGGUGCGCGAGAAGAUGGUGGGGUUCAUCGGCUCCAUUGGCGCAGACCGUGCUCAGGGGACCCCUGUGUCUUUCGUACUGACGCAUUCCUUUCAUGUAAACCAUGGCGACAAUCCAAACUUCUAUGACUUCGUGGAGAACGGUGUGUUGUACUACAAGACGAUGCGUGACCUGGCGGCCGGCGAGGAACUGAUCGUCAACUACAGGGCCAUGGGAAUGCCAGCUCAUGUGAAAGAGUGGUGCUCGCGACGAGGAUUGAGGGAUGUGCAGACGGAGGCUGAGGAAUGGAACAGCUAA